UAAAUCUCUGACGUCGUGGGCACAAAAGCUGAAACUCAACCAGCCAAGGAGAAUGAACGCCGAAGUGUGUGCGAACUCUAUGCAAGAAAAUGAGCAAGCCAAGAAAUUACCACUUCAUAAUGCAAACCUUACUGCUGCUGCUUUGCCACCUUACGCUUUUUACCUCAGUCAACCGACUGAAAGGACGAAUUCCUUGGUGUCUGAAGCUUCAGGACUUUCAUACUGGAAAUUAAGUGAAAAGGAGCUGUAUUACUCUUUACCAGAGAAUUUCAGAAGCGAGUUUGCUGAUGUUUUCUCCCUAAAAGCAUCACCAGAUCAGUUGUCUUCUGCUGAUGAAACGAAGCUGUCGUUAUUGAAGGAUAUUUAUCAUAAGAGACAAAGGGAAAACAAGCAGCUGCCAGACCCGAGUUUUAUGCCUUCUUCCCAGUCCAGUCACCCACCAGAGAUUUUGACGUUGGACCCAACCCUGCAUAUGAAACCAGGUCAGCAGAACCCAGGAUGCUGUGUUUUCAAUAUUCCUGAAGAGACGAGUCCUUUUUCUCCAGACUCUAUGGCCGAGCCUGGAUUUUCAAGUCAUUGUGACACAGACUCUUUUUCACAGACAAGUUAUUCAUCUCAGUUAGUUGAUUUUCCAGAAUACCCUGGCAGCAGCAGAGCUGUGCAUUUGGACCUCUGGAGAAAUCACCCAUUCCAAACCGAAAACAGGACCAGCUCCCCCUUUCCAAUGGCACAUACGGAUGCUAAUAAUGAGAAUCUGGUCAACACUGAGGAGGAAGAAACACUGACUCUAACUCCGUCUUCUGUUACUCAGCAUGCUGACAACAGUUUGCCAGAAUAUAGUCUUUCAGUGACAUCUGUUGAAGAUCCGGUGAUAAUGUCGAAGAUUAGGCAGAACUUGAGGGAAAAACAUGCUCGACACAUAGCUGACCUACGAGCGUACUAUGACUCUGAGAUACAGAGCUUAAAACAGCAGCUAGAGGCAAGACAUAAAACUGCUUCAGCUGAAGACUUGAAGAAAAUCAACCAAGAUCUUGCUGACAGGUGUGAGCAAUUGGACGCGGCUCUGAAUGAAGCAAGCGCUCGCAUUAAAGCCCUUGAAAACAAGAAUAAUAUGCUUGAAAAGCAAGUGGCAGAUUGGAGGGAACGCUUUCACGCAGGCAGCAACACUGCCAAGGUUUUGCAAGAACGCGUUGAGGAAAUGCGCUCAGAUAAUAAAGAGAAGGAUAACACUAUCAGUCGGCUGAAGUCACGGCUUAAAGAUCUGGAGGAAGCAUUUGAAAAGGCUUACAAGUUGUCUGAUAAUAAAAACACAAGGCUAAAGGAAGAAAAUAAAAGGUUUCAAAACCUUUUAGGAGAAUAUGAGUCCCUUGGAAAAGAACACGAAAGAGUGAAGGAUACAUUAAAUGCAACUGAAUACAAACUGCUGGAUGCAAACACGCAGAUUUCAGAUCUGAAAAGGACAAUUUCAAAACUUGAAGCACAGCUCAAGCAAGUAGAACAUGAAAAUACGUUGAAACUGCGCCAUAUCACUGAAAGUCGUUUAAGAACCUCUUGCGCCAACAAGCUGGCAACUCCUGAUGUCAGCAGGCGAAAGUGGCUGAUACCAGGAGCGGAGUAUUCAAUCUUCACUGGCCAGCCUCUGGAAGCCCCGGGAAGCCCCAAGGACAACAGGUUAGAAGAAGCCUAUAUUCCUUCUAGGUACCAUUCUCCCCCUGAGAAAGACUCCCCACAAGAGGACUCUUCAACAAACUCUGGAGAAAAGAAAGAAAAUGGGAUGUCCGAAGCACCAAUUAUAAAAGCCUUUAAAGAGCUUGAAGAAGGAAAAGCAUUUAAAGAUUGGGGGACACAGACAGAAAAAGAAGAUACAUCAGCUAAAACAUCGCAUCGACGUCCGACCGUUGGGUUUGUUGAAACUUCGUUUGUUGCCAACCGGUCCCCAGAGAAAGCGAAGGACCAACACAGACCGAAACGCUACAGCUCCCCCUGUGGCCAGAGGUCGUCGUCCCUUCCUCCCGCCAACAGGAAAUCAAAUACUCCAACAAGAAGAGAGAUCAUGUUGGCACCAGUGUCUGUGACAUACAGCCCAAAACGGUCUCCAAAAGAAAACCUCUCUCCUGGAUUUAGCCAUUUGCUUAGCAAAAACGAAAACACGGUGACCAGGUUUGAUAUACUUCUAGAUGACCUGGAAGCUGGUCCUACAUCUACUUCACAGCACAACCACCCAAGAAAACAGCUCCAGUUUAUCUCACUAGAUGAUGCAGAAGGAAGGCAGAAUUCAGGAGUCAGACACCGCUUUUGUGCCCAAUCCCUCAACGCUGCAGCGAAGACAGCGACAGCGUGGGACGAGAGGAGCGCAGCACCAGAAUACGAGCCAGUGCCAUCGCCAUGUGAGGGAGACUUCAAGUACACAGCAAGGCUUAAGACUCUGGCGGAAACGGAGAGGCUUUUUGAUGAGCUGACUCAGGAAAAGCAACAGAUUGAGGCUGCCUUGAGUCGAAUACCUUGUUCUGGCAGAAGAAUGACCUUGCAAGCAAGAUUAAAUCAGGAAGCCCUGGAAGAUCGCUUGGAAAGGAUCGAUAGAGAUUUGGGGUUAAUACGCAUGACUCUGAAAAGAUUUCACGUUUUACGUACCUCCGCCAAUCUCUGACAAUUCCCUCUUGAAUGCACAUAUGCUUUUUUUUUUUUGCACUAAUAUGUAAUUAAGCACUCAGUAAAUGCAAGUUGUUUUGUAUUUUUAUAAGCCC